GGCACUCAGAGGAACAACAACAAGAAGUCGCACAAGGGCAGCGGCAGGGGAGGACAGCAGAGGGUACACCGGCGGUGGACAGAUGCAGAGAUGAAGUGAAGAGUCGGGACUGUCCAAUAUGGCUGAGGACCUCUCUCUUCCCAUCUCUGAGUGUCUCCAGUCCCUUAAGCUAGACCAGUACGCCGACCUCUUCGAGAAGAACGAUUUCCAUACGGUGUCUGACUUAAGGGCACUUAGUGAUGAAGGACUGACCCAGCUCGGGGUGCAUCUUCCGGGACAUCGCAAACGCAUCAUGGCGUUUCUCCAGAAGUCUAUUUCCCAGGACAGCUCCUGGGAGAGCUCUUUGGAAAGACCCGUGGCCAUGAAACGCAGUGUCUUUCGGGAAACUGUCUCGAGUGACCAGGAGACGCCCCCACAUGGCCAGUACCCCCUGAUCCCUCCUAGACCUAGCGUGCAAGCUAGACCCGCCUGUGCCCCACCGCCCAUUCCUCCACGAAAGGGCAGCGCACCACCGGUGAAGUUUUCCGUGAAUCCGCCAUUAAGCGCGCCCGAGUCUUGGCCUGAACCCUCCAGUCCUGCCCCCGCUGACCCCAUUGUUUGCCCGGUUCAGGCUCCUUCACCAACAGAAGGCCUUCUGGAGAAGGAGGAGACCUGUGAUGGGGCUCCACAGUUGGUUGUCCCACCUUUGCCGGCGAAACGUCAUAAGAUCGAGAACAAAAGCUCCAGCAAAACCCAACGGCCGUUACCUGUACGACCUCCGGUGUUACCCCCGAGGAUCUUCCACCACCCCGAGCCGAAAGAAUCUCCCCCUCCGACUUUAGAGGAACCAAAAGCGCCUGAAGAUCACCAGAACGUAUUCCUUUCGGCUGCGAUUGUCCCCAAACCCCUGCCACGGCUGCCUCCACAAGACCUAUCUACUAAACAGAGCGCCUCGACGCCCAGAGAAGCGCCUCCGGGUUCUCAGACAGCAGAAGUCAUGGAGCCCAACUUAGGGAUCAUCUACGAACAGACUGGAGAGAUUGAUGGGGUUAUCCUCACCGGUUUCCGGAAAACCAAACUCAACAGCUUAAUGAGUGAUGACGAUAUGAUAGAGAACGGAUCGGAUGAAUAUGAAGACGUCGGCCAUGUCAGGAUGCAGAGUGAUGGCGAUCUCAGCACCUGGAGAUCCAGCAGCUCUCUCUCCUCGGGGAUCUCCAGUUCUCACAGCGGGAACAUGGAUGACACGGAGUUUUCUGCUAACAUGCCGGUUGUCAAAGCUGGGUGGCUGGACAAGAACCCCCCGCAAGGGUCGUACAUUUUCCAGAAGCGGUGGGUGAAGCUGGACGUGGACUACCUGCGGUAUUAUGACACCGACAAGGACAUGUAUUCGAAAAGGUUCAUCAAGACCAGCUCGAUAUCCCAAGUCACAUCUGGGAAAGAUCAGAAGUUUGAGGUCUCGACGUCCAACCGGAACUUUGUCUUCCGGGCAGAGAGUGACGCCGAUCGGAAUGACUGGGUGAAAGCUUUCGAGCAGGUCCUCGGUGAAAGGAGGAAGCGCUUCUCAACCAUCAAUCAGAUGUCCGGAGGGCCGGAGAACGUGGACAAGAUUGGCUUCUUGGAAAUGAGAGGCUGUAAACCCAAGCUGUUUGUUGUGGUGGCUUCGGAUAAGGUUUACCUGUAUAAGAAUUAUGAGGACUACAUGUCUGGAGUCGGGGUAACAUCCAUCGAUAUGAACCUCGGGAACGUGAAGGACUGUGACAAGAAAAGCUUCGACCUCACAACGCCCUACAGGACCUUCAGCUUCUCGGCGGAGUCGGAGGCAGAGAAGAGCGACUGGGUGGAGGCGAUGCUGCAGUCGGUGGCCGAAGCGCUGUCCAACCUGGAAGUGGCCAAGAAAAUCUGGUCGGUGGAAGCGAAUCAGAGAUGUGCCGACUGCAACGCGCCAAAUCCAGACUGGGCGUCCAUAAACCUCUGCGUGGUGAUCUGCAAAAAGUGUGCAGGGGAGCACCGGGGUCUCGGCCCCAGCAUCAGCAAAGUACGGAGUCUGAAGAUGGACAAUAAGGUCUGGACGGACGAACUGAUCGAGCUGUUCCGAAAAAUUGGCAACGGGGUCAGCAACCAGUUCUGGGCAGCGAACGUUCCCCCGAGCGAAGCCAUCGACUCCCUGAGCGGCACGCAGGACCGGAAGACGUUCAUCGCGGCCAAGUACAGGGAAGGCAAAUACCGCCGCUAUCACCAGCUCUUCGGCAACCAAGCCGAGCUCAACAAGGCUCUCUGCGCUGCGGUCACCACCAGUGAUUUAACGGAAACGCAGGCGCUGAUUUUCUGCGGGGCGGAUGUAAGCUGCUCGUCCGAGGACCUCCUGUACCCGCACCCCAUCGAUCUGGCUGAGCAGGCCGGGCAGAGGCUGCAGGUGGAAUUUCUUCAGCAAAACAAGACCUCAGAAAUUCCCCGUUUGGAUCUGGGGGGUAACAUGGAGAAGAAUUAUUACGUGACGCACCAAUCGAUCACUCAUAAUGGCUACCUUUACAAGACCUCGUCCAUGACCAAGCUCGUAACCGAGAGGAAAGCCAAGGAGGAGUUCAGCCGCCGCUGGUGUGUUCUGAAUGACAAUAUCCUCAGCUACUACGAGAACAACCACAGCUCGACCCCGAACGGCGAGAUCAAAGCGGAGGAGAUCGUAUGUGUGGCUGCCGUCCCGCCGGACACCCACGGGUAUGAGAGCACGUUCGAGAUUUACACCAAGUCGGAGCGGCUGUACCUGUUUGCGGCAGAUACCCCCGAGGAGUGCAGAGAAUGGGUGAAAUCCAUAACCAAGUGUUUCCUUCCGCUGAAGGCUGAGGAGCUCCUGAGUUACGACUUUGACCGCAUCGGGAAGCUGCAGUAUAAGGGGGGACGCAGUCUGGAGAGGACCCGGCCCGGGUGGUUUUCUCUCUGCAAGACGAAUCUCUACACUUACUUAGAAGACGACGCCGUGGAAGUGAUCAACCUGAAGAAACUGUCUGAGCUCUCCAAUAAAGAUAAGGAGAUCCUGGUCCUGGUGCAGAAAGGGAGGAUAACGUUCAUCUUGGGGGAGCGGAAGCUGGAUUUUUCGGCUUGGGUGAAUGCCAUUCAGACGGCCAGCAGCACCUCCGGAGAUACGUUAUCAGAGCAGCAGCUGACGGAUUCCGACGUCCCUUUCAUCGUACAAAAAUGCAUCCUCCACAUUUCACAAUUCGGGGUUGGUUCGGAAGGAAUCUACCGGAAGAGCGGCCAGAACUCUAAGACCACGACCCUGCUGGAAGCGUUAAAGAAAGACGCUCGCAGCGUGGUCCUCAAAGAAGACGAGCACCCCGUGGACAACGUUUCCGACGCUCUUAAGAGGUUCUUUAGGGACAUCGGCGAGGGGAUAUUUGCCGAACAUUGCAUCGACUGGCUGAACGUGACAGACAUUGAGGACGCGUCGAUGAGAAUCGGCCAAUAUCAGAAGCUUCUGGAGAACCUUCCGCCUGUUAAUAGAGUCACGUUAAAAGCACUAAUUGAUCACUUACACUGCAUCCAGCACUUCUCAAACGUCAACCAGAUGAACGUUCACAAUCUGGCAAUCGUGUUCGGCCCCACGCUAUUCCAGACCGUCGGACAGAAUUACAAGCCGGGUCGGGUGGUGGAGGACCUCAUCACUUUCUAUUUGCCGAUAUUUAAUGUGGAUAAUCAGGAGCUGAAGAAGGAGCUGGAGAUCAUUUCAACCAUAAUAGGAUUACGCAACAAGAACCAGAAGCACAGGCCGGGAAGCGAUUUCAUCUGCACGGUUUAUCUGGGAGAAAAGAAGCCGGAGACGGAACAGAUCGUACAUAUUCCGGUCACUAUGACCGCGCAGGAGCUGACGGAGACGCUGCUGGAGAGACGCAACAUCCGCUCGAAGGACGACGAGUACUGGAGCUGCUUCGAGGUGGAUGAAAGCGAGGAGCUCGAGCGGCCGCUGCAUUUCUCCGAGAACGUCCUGCACAUCUUUCAUUCGCAGACGACCAGCAGAAGUCAUAUGGUGGUGAAGAAGAAUUUGCACAUGGAAGCCAUGCUACACUACAUCAAUAGCCGGGUGGGGGACUCCAAACACGGCACCAUGAAGUUCCGGGAGGACAAAAGCUUCUUGGGAGGACGUUUCACGAGCCCUACUUCAUACUCUUCAUGCUACUUCAUGCUCAACAACACCACCUUGCGCAUGUACAAAGACGUCAGGGUACGUCCAGAGAGUCCGAAGCUGCAGAACGCGUCCUCGGACAGUGCGAGUGAGAGCCACAAGGCGGAGAAGGAAUGGGAAGUGAAAAACCUAACCGUUUACCUGGGGGUGAAAAAGAAGAUCCGUACCCAAAAUGAAAGCCUGGGAUUUACCGUAAUUUACAAGAAUGAAAAACAAGAGAGGUCACAGUGGUACGCAUGCUGCAAGUCGGAGGUGGAGCUGAGAGAGUGGUUUGCAGCAUUAACCUUUGUACAGUACGGCAGUCUGUGGCCUGAGCAGACCUCAAGAAUAAGGACACGGCAGUCGCAGCUGGACAACACGUUUGGGAAUCUGUCCCUCAUCCCCAUACGAGGAAGCGAGAACGACAUACGGAAAAGCGUAGCAGCCUUUAACAAAGACCCCCUCGCGCUUCUAGGAAACGUAUGAGACUCGUGGAAACAAAGUCAAGGUCCCCGUAGAGAUUUAUACCCAGGCGGACACUAUUGG